AUGCCGAUGCUCGCACUGCUCCACCUGGCUUUCGAGCUGCCCUACCUCGCCGAGGCCUUGCACGACGCCAGAGGCUGCAACCGAACGGUCAGAAAUUCAGUGGGUUGGAUCAGGUGGACGGGGAGGAUGGGCAGGUGCGUCAUUAGAAUCAGGACGCCCUUGAAGGACCCUCAGGUGAUAGAGAUGAGAAUCAGGAGAAUGCAAGUCGGCGUUUUGAAGAACUCCCGCUGCGUCGGGGCUUACGUGCAGUUUUCCGACGAACUGGAGGACCUCGACGAGAGCACGGGUCGCUACUGCGGACACGUAACCGGCAACGCGACAAGGUUGUUCCUCCGCCGAGGGCCCGACCUGACGGUCCUCCUCGACUCGGAGAGCCGCUUCGCCGCGGACAACCCGGUGAUAUUCUCCGCGCAGUUCUCGAUCCUGCCAGCGAGGCUCGUCAACGAGCGCCACUACGUCCAACAGCAGCCCCCGGCCGUGGAAACGGGAGUGGCCAUGGCGAUGCAGCAGCAACUACUGCCGGCCGAGGCCCUCACCGGGGAGUGCCCCUUCGAGUGCCAGAUACGAAACGACCGGCGGACCUGCAAGCUCGUCUCACCCGGCUGGCCCGGGGUGUAUCCCCGAGGGAUCAGGUGUCGCGUGGCGAUGGAGUCGAGCGCCGGAAGGUUUCGCCUGGGUGGCAGUCCCGAGGACUUGUACAACCUGAUGAACCACACGAGCCAGGAGGCCUGUCGUUCCGAGUUUUGCGAGCAAGAGCACGUCCAGGCGGACCAACAACUCCAGAGCGACCGGGACGACGAGGACGAGAUGAUGAUCCUCCCCGCGUCCCCGAGGCCGAUUAAGAAGCACGAGCGUAAAAGGGCCAAAUCGGGCAGGCAUCGCGAGGGUCUCCAGCUGUCCUUGGAGAUCGAGGCCGAUCGGGACGAGCACUCGGCUAGGGGCGAUCGCAACCGGGGACUCGACGACGCGCUCUUCUGGUCCAAGAGCAGAGGUGGGAGGCGGGGCCAGCACCACCGGCACAGGCAACACCAGCAGCGGUCGCCGGCACACCACCACCACCGGCGGCUACCGUCUUCCCGCAGCUACCUCGGCAGCAUUAGUUGCGUGGGCGAUUAUUUGGCGCUCCUCGAGAACGUGGACGGUCGGCUACUGGAGAUCGGCAAGUUCUGCGGGGAGGGCCGGGUACCGCAGAUCAUGUCGCGCGGCAGCAACAUCGUCGUCGAGUUUCACGCCGAGCGGGACGGCACCAUCAUGCACGACGGCUUCCACCUGAGCAUCCAGGAGUCCGAGGCCCUGCCCACGGCCCUGGCGAGCAGCAGCCUCCAAGCUGGCUCGCAACGGGACGACCAGCCGGGCUGCGACUUUGUCUAUCAGUCGUGGGUGCGCUCGCGCGACAGCGUCAAGUCCCUGAGGAGCUGGUACCCGCCGGGUACGCUGUGUAGUUACCGGUUCACCGGCCGGCCCGGGGAGAGGGUGUCCGUUCUCCUGAAGAUCGUGCGAGACGAGGAGGCUACCCCGUCGCCGGCGGUCCAGCGGAACUCGAGCAACAGGCGCAGUACCAUCAACGAGACGGCCCUCGGUGGUGCCGACCACUGUCCUGGCAACGAGAUUGCCGUGUACAACGCCACCCACUCGAACGGCAGCUUCCUCAUGUGGUCCUUUUGCGACGCUACCCACACCGACAUCAACAAUUUGCAGGUACCCAUCGUGUCUACGGGCAGUGCUCUGUUGGUGCAGUUCUACAGCGCCGCGGGCUCGUACAGUGGCCAGGACUUUACGUACUCGGUAACUUACAAGUUCGUGAAGAGGCCGGCGGCUAACGCGACGAAGCGGCUCAUUUCCCUGAGGCCCGUGGACCUUUCCUCGCUGAACCUCGGCGAGACCGACACCUGCAACUGCGACGACUUUGCUGACCGCAUCGGGAACUUCAAGAGCUGGUUCAUCGUCCUCCUCGUCCUCGGUGUUAUUAGCUUCGUCGGAGCCAUCAUCACGAUAAUAGCUCUGCUGGUCAAGUGCGCUAAAAUACGAGCUGCCGAAAACAAGCUCCUACAGACUCCCAAUAGAUCGAUAUACUACAAAGGCUCGACCGACUGAGCUCACCGUUGCGCGUU